AAGGAAAAGUAAAAAAAGUCUCUUUCUGUCUCUCCGUACUCGGUAGGCUUUUUUAAAAAAAGCAACAAAUGGGACCUUCCACUCCUUGCUCGUCCAUUGAGAGGCUGAGACCAGCUGCCUUUCCUCUGUGUUUUGAAACUUAAAAACACAUAUUCCCGCCGAACGAACCCAGAGAUAAGCGAGAGAGAGGGAGUGAGAGUUUACCCACUCCUUGAUCUUGGUCCCUACCGCAGGUACACUACUAAAUUUUCCACGCCCGCUUCUCCCUUUCUCGCUCGCCUUCGUUCAUGGCUUCGUCGCCCCUACUGUUACUACUCUUGCUAUCUUCUCCCCUCGUGAUGGCGGUGGCGGCUGCCCGACCCCAGCCCAACGCCAAGCCUAGCGACACGGACGCCCUGACCAUCUUCCGGUCGAGGGCCGACGCCCACGGCAACCUGGCCGCCAACUGGAGCAGCCCCGACGCCUGCUCCGGGCGGUGGCGUGGCGUCGGGUGCUCCGGCGGUCGGGUGACGUCGCUCGCCCUCCCCUUCCUCGACCUCCGGGGCCCCCUCGACCCGCUCUCGCACCUGGACCAGCUCCGCCUCCUCGACCUCCACGGCAACCGCCUCAACGGCACCCUCCUCCCCCUCCUCCCCGCCCUCCACAACCUCAAGCUGCUCUAUCUCUCCCAGAACGACCUCUCCGGCGAGAUCCCGCCUGCCGUUGGCCUCGUCACUCGCCUCCUCCGCCUCGACCUUUCCAGCAACGACCUCGGCGGGCCCAUCCCGGGCGACGCCCUCGCCAACCUCACCCGCCUCCUGACCCUCCGCCUCCAGAACAACCUCCUCAGCGGCCGCCUCCCGAAUCUGUCCGCGGCCCUCCCCCGCCUCGUGGAGUUCAACGCCUCCAACAACCAACUCUCCGGGAGGGUCCCCGAUGGCAUGCGCGCCCGCUUCGGGACGGCGUCCUUCGCCGGCAACGCGGGCCUCUGCGGGCCCGCCCCUCCGCUACCGCCCUGCUCGCUCAUACCGCGCGACUCUCCUCACUCCUCUUCCUCCUCUCCUCAGUCGGUCGUGCCCUCCAACCCCGGCACCAGACCGGGCGCCUCAUCGAGCGUUAACGCCGUGGGGGAUGGAGGAGGAGAGAGAGGGAGGCGCGACGGAGAGGGGCUGAGCAGGGGCGCGAUCGUCGGCAUCGUCGUCGGAAAUGCCGUGUUGCUGUUGGUGGUCCUGUCCCUGCUGUUGGCGUACUGCUGCUGCGUCAGGCAACUCGGGGACAAGGACGGCAUCAAGAUAGGCGGCGAUGGCGAUUACCCCUCCACUCUGGAGGCGGCGGAGGAAGAGAAGAAAAGGAAGAAGGGCGGCAGAGACAGCGACGGCGGAGAGAGUGACGGGGCGACAGCGCAGAGCAAGCUGGUGUUCUUUGAAGGGGAGGAGGCGGAGGAGGACGGCAGCGGGGGGAAGAGGGGGAGGAGGAAGCGGUUCGAGCUGGAGGAGCUGCUGCGGGCGUCGGCGGAGAUGCUGGGGAAGGGAAGCCUGGGGACGGUGUACCGGGCGGUGCUGGAGGACGGGUGCAUGGUGGCGGUGAAGCGGCUCAAAGACGCCAACCCCUGCGCCCGCGCCGACUUCCACAAGUACAUGGACCUCAUCGGCCGGCUGCGCCACCCCAACCUCGUCCGCCUCCAUGCCUACUACUACGCCAAGCAGGAGAAGCUCCUCAUCUACGACUACCUCCCGAACGGCAGCCUCCAUUCUCACCUCCAUGGCAAUCGGGGUCCCGGGAGGAUCCCGCUGGACUGGACGACCAGGAUCAGCCUGGUGCUGGGGGCGGCGCGGGGGCUGGCCCGCAUCCACGAGGAGUAUGGGCCGUCCAAGGUCCCCCACGGCAACGUCAAGUCCUCCAACGUGCUGCUGGACAAGAACGGCGCCGCCUGCGUGGCCGACUUCGGGCUGGCGCUGCUGCUGAGCCCGGCCCACGCCACCGCCCGCCUCGGGGGCUACCGGGCCCCCGAGCAGGCCGACGCCGGGCGGCUCUCCCAGGAGGCCGACGUCUACGCCUUCGGGGUGCUCAUCCUCGAGGUCCUCACGGGGAGGGCGCCCGCCCACUACCCCCCUCCUCCUACUCACCAUCAUCAUCAUCAUCAUCAUAAUAGUAGCAACAGCAUUACGAAUAGCAGCAUCAUCGGCGUCAGCCUGCCGGAAUGGGUACGGUCCGUGGUGCGGGAGGAGUGGACGGCGGAGGUGUUCGACGCGGAGCUGCUGCGGUACAAGAACAUCGAGGAGGAGAUGGUGGCCAUGCUCCACGUGGGCCUGGCCUGCGUCGCCCACCAGCCCGACCGGAGGCCGGCCAUAUCGGAAGUGGUCAAGAUGAUCGAGGACAUCAGGGUGGAGCAGUCGCCGCUCCCUGAGGACGACCUCGACGAGUCUCGCCUCUCCCUGUCGCCUUCCCUUGCCACCCCCACCGAGGACGGUCGCCUCAGCUACUGAUCUCCAUCGAUCCCUCCAGUUCUCGUUGUCUGUCUUAAUAGGAGGAGGAGGUAUUGUUUCCGCCGCUCUAGAGAAUGUCGUCUCUGCUUCCUUUCAUUAUCCCUCCGGUAAUCAAGCGGCCCCGCCCCCUCUGUAUGAACCAAGCGUUCUAAUCAGCUUUAUCUUAUUUUAUUUUUUUUGGGCAGCGCUACAUGAUCGCCGAGCCUGGGUUGCUUAAAUCAUAUCUGACCACUUCCCGAAAAAUGAAAAUGAUGGUCUAUUAGGUCA